UAGGAAUCAUGCCUACCACAACGACCACUGCUGUACCAGUUCCUGUCAUACCAGAAGUGAGCCUUACAGUAGACACAACUGUAUGGAUUUUCAACGCCUACUUAAGUAGCCUACUGACUGUGAGAUGACUCAGACAGUCGGAGUGUGGCGGAAAGUGCUGGCAGCCAUAGCGACUGUGCGCCCACGCUUGCGUCCCAGCGACCCACCAUGGACGUAGUCUGCAUCAUAGACCUGCACAACCAGCUCCACCUAGCACACAGGAAGAGAGCUGUGGAGGAUGUGAAGCAAGCUUGUACCAUGGUACACGCCAAUCUCCAUUUCAUACAGUUUGAGAAACUGGACUUUGGAGAAACCAACGUGUUGACAACGUUCUAUAAUGCUGAUGUGGCAGUGGUAGACCUAUCAGUGCAGCUUCAGCAGAGUGCGCUGUUCUAUCAUCUUGGUGUCCGAGAGAGCUUUGGGAUGAAAGAGAACUGGCUGCUUUACAAUGACAUGGAUGCUGAGACCACUCUUCGGCUCAAGUUGUCGUGUGGAAACUACUCAUUCAUCUCGUACCGUCUGGCAGAAUGUGGUUCUUGUCUGCUGACUCACCCGGCAGUCGACAGACUGGACAAGGAUACCCCAGAUUCUCAGCCUCUCACUUUUAAGCUUAAGAAACUUCUGCAAGACGUCGAGGUGCAGGCAAAGGUUCAUAUCAAAGAGAAGUUCCUGUCAGAUCUGAGAAAGGCGAGGGACACACUCUCAGGCGAAGAGCUUGUCACUGCCCUUCACAACAUCCGGCGACGGCUGGACGACCCUCACGUCUUGUGCGGAGAGGCUGUACUGAGCAUGCUUAUCUCCUUCCGUGACGUUCAGGACUAUGACGCAAUGGUUCAGUUGGUGGAAGAUUUGAAAACGAUUCCUAAUAAAAAGAACUACAUCCAGACUCCAGUAAUAAGAUUUCUAUAUCCUUUUGCACUUAACAGGCGCAACAAAGAGGGUGACAGAGAGAAGGCACUGCAGGUGAUUGAGAAGGCGUUGGAGAAGAAGGAGAACCAUAUCCCGGACAUGGUGUGUCUGUGCGGGCGCAUCUACAAAGACAAGUUUGUGGAGUCUCAGUACACGGACAAGAGUAGUCUGGCCAAUGCGAUCCACUGGUACCGCAAGGGCUUUGAGGUGCAGCCUAACGAGUACGCGGGGAUCAACCUGGCCACUCUACUCGUUAUUGAUGGCAACGAAUUCUCCAAAUCCGAUGAGCUCCAGCAUAUAGGUAUGGUGCUGAACAAUCUGAUCGGUAAGAAAGGAAGCUUGUCCUCUCUCCAAGACUAUUGGGACGUAGCUACAUUCUUCGAAAUCAGCGUUUUGGCUGAAGACUACACCAAGGCCAUACAGGCAGCAGAGUGCAUGUUCAAGCUGAAACCACCUAAUUGGUAUCUCAAGUCGACCAUAGGCAACAUCUCAUUGAUAGACCGGUUCCGCAAGAAGAGUGAAGAAGUGGCCUCAUCACCCGAGGAGCAGGUCUUCUCCUUCUGGAUGGACUACUUCGUAGAGGCCACCAAGACUGAAGUGGGAGACAGCAUUCGAUUCCCGAUUGUGAUAUUGGAGCACAGCAAGAUGUGGAUGCCGAGUUACGUCAAUGUGAACCUUGGAGCCGAGGAGAAAUCCCUACAGGUGUGGAACCUAUGUACUGACAGCAUGAAGGGCAACUGUCGUCAGGUGCAUGAGUGGCUCUUCACAGCUAGCACGAUCCGGAGUGUCAGCUUGUACAAACGAGACGAGAGGUGCCUGUUCCUGUACGUCCAUCAGAACUGUGAUGACUUCCAGAUGUACUUCCCCACUGGGGAAUGGCGCCAGAGGUUCUACGACCUGGUGCUGGAGAUGACUGUGGACCAGGAGGGCAUGGUCACAGGUCUGGACCAGGACCUCACUGAAGACCAGAUCAAGUUUGAGUACGAGCUUGAUGAUGUGGGGAAAAGGAUCAUUCUGGGAAAAGGAACAUAUGGGGUUGUUUAUCAGGCUCGUGAUCUCAACACUCAAGUCCGAAUAGCUGUGAAGGAGAUUCCUGAAAGAAAUCUAGGUGAUGUACAGCCAUUGCACGAAGAGAUCAAGCUGCACUCACAGUUGAGGCAUCGUAACAUCGUGCAGUAUUUGGGCUCAGUGUCCGAGGAUGGUUACUUCAAGAUAUUCAUGGAGCAAGUGCCUGGAGGAAGUCUGUCUGCUCUGUUGAGAUCCAAGUGGGGACCACUGAAGGAGAACGAGUCCACCAUCUCCUACUAUACUAAACAGAUCCUCGAGGGUUUGAAAUACCUUCAUGAUCAGAAGAUUGUUCACAGGGAUAUUAAAGGUGACAACGUGCUGGUGAACACAUACAGUGGAGUGGUGAAGAUCUCGGACUUUGGCACGUCCAAGCGUCUGGCAGGACUCUGCCCAAGUACAGAGACAUUCACUGGGACUCUGCAGUACAUGGCGCCUGAGGUCAUCGACAAGGGCCAGCGAGGCUAUGGUGCUCCGGCAGACAUCUGGUCGUUGGGCUGCACUAUCGUGGAGAUGGCCACCGGCAAGCCUCCGUUCAUAGAGUUGGGCUCGCCCCAGGCUGCAGUGUUCAAGGUGGGCUACUACAAGGUACACCCUGAGAUUCCGUCGGAGCUGUCAGAGAAGGCAAAGUCUUUCAUCUUGCGCUGCUUUGAGCCAGACCCAGCCCAUCGUGCAUUGGCUGCUGAGCUCCUGGAGGACAGUUUCCUUACAGAGAAGAAGAAGACAUCACGCGCGCUGGUGGCUCCGCAGCUGCCAGAGUUCAACCGUAGUAUAUCUGUUCCUGCUGAUCGUGCUGUCACCAAGACAACCACAACCAGCACACACACCAACCACAAUGCUACCAACACCAGCAAUUUCUCAACCAUGUCUCGCACACCAAUGUCACCCACAGAUGAAACGGACCGGACCACACAGUCUCACCCUGCCAAACACAGAGGAGCCUCAGCCCUGCUCUCCCCCAUCAGCAUGCCCUCAGCCCUCUCCUACACCAGCCUGUCGUCGAUGACCACGGACACGGACGGUGCCGAUGCCAGUCUGACACGCCGCAGCUCCAGUGGGGGACUGUUGUCUCCCGAGGUGGCAGGAGCUCCGGCGGAGCAUGAUGGCUUCUACAUGCUCAAGAAGGACUCUCAGCGUCGCACCACACUGUCUCGAGUGCUCAGCCAGGACCAGGCCAACAUCUGCCAAGUGUGGUUGUCCAGCGUUCGCCAAGACGUUGCUGACUCUGUCCUCAACAUGGGCCACCUAGAGACGCUGAUGUGUGGUCUGCGGGAGUACAUCGCCAACCAGAACAAGGACCAGCUGGAGACGGCCAUACACACUCUCAAGGAGGACUUGGAGUUCGAUUCUGUCGCCAUCAACCAGCUACACCUUGCCAUAUACCUGUUCCAGGACGCAGUGAACGUAGUGCUGCGUUCACACAGUAUCAAGCCUCAUUGGAUGUUUGCUCUGGACAACCUGGUGCGCAAUUCUGUCCAGGCCGCCAUAACCGUUCUCUCUCCAGAGUUGGGAGCCAACCUGAUGGGGCAGGAGGAGAAAGAAGUGCCGCGAGGGGGAGUAGGGGGAGAUGUACCGUCUGUUCCCUCCACAGUCAACUCCCUUAAGUCCAAGAACACCAGCAUCGACAGCUUCGCCAGCAGCAUCAAGCUGAGGCACGACUUCCGUGAACAAAUGAAUGGACUGAGGGCAGAGAACCAAAGACUGAUGCAGGAGCUGCUGGACGGCCAGAAAGUAUACCAAACAUUACUGAAGCAAGCUCUGGAAGACCACAGACUGCAACUGACAGCUCUGAGACAGGUGGUGGAGCAGAUGGGUCUGGUGACCAGCCUUCUCAACCACAUAGACAGGGAGUCGAGUGAGAGUGAGACCUCGGCGCACACCCCAGAGAGCAACGGCGGCGAGCGACUGCUACCCCAGAUCAGUGUAACCGACAGUUCGGUGGACCCCAGACUGGUGGAGUGGCUGCGGACUCUCAGGAUAGACCAGUGUUCCAUCGACAAGUUUCUACAAGAGGAAUACUGCCUGGAUGACGUCCUUCAUUACGUCAACAGAGAAGAUAUCCGUAAACUGGGUCUCAGGGGAGGUGUAGAGCUGAGAGUCUGGAAAGCGAUAGUCAAAUGGCGCAAGGAGCACCGACCCGGCGUGACACCGUCACACCCGGUUGUGGACCGCAACCACAACCAGCUGUGAUACCACUACUAAGCUUGUCGUGUCGAAGGAUGGAGGAUUGAAUCUUCAACAAAACACCUUGCCCUGGGAGCUAACAAUCAAACAAUGCACAACUUGGUAUUCAAUAAGUAAUAAAAUAAUGUGUAGAAGGUGGCAUCUAAUUAGUUGAAUAGUUCACCGAAGCACUGUACCAGAAAGUUAACUGCUGCAGUUCUUACUCAUUAGCUGCACAAGAGUAUCUUGGAAGUUGUGCCAAAAAUCUUAAAGCAAAUUUAGUGCCAUGUGUAAAGGCUUAAUAGUAGAGCUUCUCCUUUUGAUUAUAAUUUACUUUAAAUGUUAAGACUGAGUAUCAAGUUAUCGGAUUAAAUCAACUUGAAUUUUUUUAGUUAAAAGUUUUGUUUAUAUUUUUGUUGUUCUUGUUUUUCAUUAACAUCUCUUUGUAUGUUGCGUGUUUUUAUGUAAUAUUGUUUUCCUAUGUUGACCUCUUUGGUAUGUAUACAUAAGGUUUAUGGCAGGUCUUAUUUGUAGUUUUAGUUGUGUGGAAACAAUCCCAAUGAAAGAUUACUACCACCUAUAGUCGUACAAAGAGAUUUCCGUAAUAAUUAUAGAAAUUAGCUUUAAAAAAUUCCUACUAAUACCCUAAUCUUACUUUUCAAAUAAAUCAAACUGAAAAAUUUGAUUUUAACCCUUAAAGCGCCAAACAGUUUCAGCUAAACUCUGGAUUAGCGCUCAUUUAUUAUAAAAAAUUAAAAUU